CUUCUUUUUUUUUAAUUGUAAAUGAUUUUAUUUUUUAACUAGAUAUUAGGAAGAGCAAUAGGCGGAAAAACCGGCCGAGCGACCGAAGGAUGGGAUAUCGGAAUCACCAAAGUUCAUUUUCAGACAUCGCACAUUUUCACUUCACUUAAAAUGCCUUCCUCUCUUUCUAUCAUCCAAUGCCACAGAGACGAGGUAAAGGAGCUUCCUCGAAAAGCAGAGGUCCUCGCUAGGUCAAACCAUACCGGAAUCGAAAUGUUCAAAUACGGUGACCAUAUUAUGGGCAUUCAAGGCCACCCCGAAUACACGAAGGACAUUCUUUUGCACCUAAUUGACCGUAUUUCUAACUGCAAUUUCAUCGAGGAAUCUCAUGGUGAAGAGGUGAAGUCUAAGCUGGAAGAAGUUGAGCCAGAUACAGAGGCAUGGAAGAAACUGUGCACCAACUUUCUCAAAGGGAGAUUGUGAUUCACAUUUAAUUACCAACAUUAUUAAUUAAUUAAUUAAGGCUAUUUAUAUUGGAAAAUGUAAAUAUAUAUUUUUAAUUGGGCAAAUGCAUUUUGAUCUAAAUUAAUUAGAGAUGUGACUUUGUUGAUAACCCAGUUUUAAUUCAGUAGUCUGUAGAUAGCUUGUGAUAUAAUGCAAAUGAAAUCCAAAUGUAAUAUGCAUGCAUAGGGGUAGAAAUUGGAACGGAAUUCCUGA